CGAGGGGCUGGGAUGCGCACAUGACCGAGCACCCCGAGAGGGACGCGCCGGGAGCGGAGGCGAGCGAGGGACACGGGGAGCCCUCCGGCCGCCUCCGCCUGAGCUGUUCUACCCAGGGGACUGGGCGGAGCCGCCGACGGAGGAGGAGCAGCUGCUUGCUGGCUGCUGCUGCUGCUGCCGAGCAAGAGCAAGAGCAAGAGCAAGCCGGAAAAUUUUGUCCUAGGCUGGAACCGGGCGGAGCGCCGCUAGCCGCUGGAAGGCCCGCGCAGAUUGCUUUCGCGACCGAGUGCCUCGAGGAAGCUGCAAGGAACCAUGAGGCGACUGGGGUGUUUGGGAGAUGAUUUGAAGGGUACAUGUGACUAACCCACCUCAGACUCCCUCACCCAUUCUACUACCUCAGGAGCCUAAUAGCACUGGAUUUCCACUGGUUCUGGACACUCUCAAGGGGCCAUGAGACUAGCAGGUCCUCUUCGCAUUGUUGUGAUCGUCUUGACGGCAGGGCUGACCUGGAUCCUUGUCAGCAUCUUGAUGGGGACCCAAAGCAGUUUCUCUCGGCUGCAGCAGUUCCUCAGCAGUCCAGAGAACACUCCCACUACAGAACCAAGGCCAAAGAAAUACAAGUGUGGCCUCCCUCAGCCCUGCCCAGAGCAUUCAUUUGCCUUCCGGAUCACAAGUGGUGCAGCCAAUGUCAUUGGGCCCAAGAUCUGCCUUGAAGAUAAAAUGCUAAUGAGCAGCAUGAAGGAUAAUGUAGGCAGAGGUCUGAACGUUGCCCUGGUGAAUGGUGUGAAUGGAGACCUGAUUGAUGCCAAGUGUUUUGACAUGUGGGCAGGAGAUGUGAACGAGCUGCUAAAAUUCAUCCGGCCAUUGCAUGAGGGGACACUGGUAUUUGUAGCAUCUUAUGAUGAUCCUGCCACAAAAAUGAAUGAAGAGACCCGCAAAAUCUUCACAGCACUGGGCAGCAAAUUUGCUCGAGAGCUGGCCUUUCGAGAUAGCUGGGUCUUUGUUGGAGCCAAAGGAGUGCAGGACAAGAGUCCCUUUGAGCAGCAUAUAAAAAACAGCAGGAGCUCCAACAAGUAUGAGGGCUGGCCUGAAGCCCUUGAGAUGGAGGGUUGCAUUCCACAGCGAACCGUCGAGAUCCAGUGAGGGUCCAUUUCUUCAGAACCUCAAGUGAAUCUUCUCAUGGGAUGGGAGAAAAAGUCUCCACUCUUCCACUUACCUGUCUUCCCGUAUUGUGGCAGCUGUCCUUUCUCCUUCUCCAGAGCAGCCUCUUUUGGCAGUGCCUUAAUGAGGCCAACCAGUUGCCCUUUUCAGAAAGGCUUUCUUGCCCUGGACUCUGGGAAGAGAGAGAGUGGAAACUCCCUAUCGCUGGACUAGUUCUCAACUCUCUUCUCUAGUGCCUUAAUGUCUCCCGGGUGGAGGGGUUAAUCCUCCUUGCCCGCUUCCCUACUGUAAAUUUGUGGAGCCAGUUGAUUUCCUCUGCUGAGAAUUUUUUUCCCUCAGAAGCAGUCUGGGGGUUUUGUUUGUGAUAAUUUAAAGCAGGAGGAGGAACUCUUGGGAGGGGGGGCUAGGUAGGAAGUACCAUUAAAAGUGGGAAGGUCCCUUCAUUUCUUUAUCUCCACAACAUGCUUCUACCAUGCCUUCUUCACACAUUUGCACCUUUCUUCUAUCCAUGCACACCUCAGUCAUACAUGCAUUCUUUGUAUGUGCAGAAUCCCUGCACUGCUCAGCUGAAAAGCAUGGAGGUCAAGGAAGAAUCCUGUGUUCAUGGGGUUCUACCAAAGGAACCACUCUUGUCUGAAUCAGAGUUUAUGUAUUUCAACACCCCUGCCAUUCCAAAUGCACCCUCUUAGUUUGCUAAACUUGAGAAAUGCCCAGUUGCUGUUUCCUGUAAAGUAAUGUUGGCGCUUCAGUUUUUGAGGGGAUGGGGUGAGGAUUGUGAGCCCUUCAUUCAUCCUUCUGCACAUUUUUUUUUUUUUAAUAGAAUGUAGUGGAGGGAAUCCAAGCUGAAAGUUUCCAUUUUCCACAUACUUGUUGCUGAACAGCGUCUUCAAUAAAUAGUGUGCGUAACAA